GAGGGCAUGAGAGUCUGACAGAGCCACAUGCAUGUUGUUGUGUUUUAGAGUUUGGAUGAUUUGGAGACUUUAAUCCCCCAGAUUCUACCAUAGCGGUCCUUCUCAGUUCUUGGGCCCACACCGCUGAGGUGACAUGAGGAAUCUGAAACUGCUGAAGAGCCUGCGCAGCUCAGAGCUGCAGGGUCCGGGCUCCCCGCUGUGUUUCUCCGUGAGGGCUGACACUGGCUCGCUGCUGAUAUCGUCUCAAUACUCUAUUACAGAGUACGACCCUCGAUCAGGCCAGGUUGUCAGUGAAGCUUCUCUGACUGCAGACAGUUUCCUCCCAGAGGACGGCAGCGGGGAGGUGGUCGGACUGCAGGAUCUGGCUGAGCUGGAGUCUGCAUGUUUGGCCACUGCAGGCGGGGACGUCGUUCUCUUCAACCUCAACACCCACCAGCUGGAGUGUGUGGGCAGUGUCGAUAGUGGUCUCACUUCAAUGAGCUGGAGUCCAGAUGAAGAGCUUGUCAUUCUCACUACUGGUCAACAAACCAUCAUCAUGAUGACCAAAGACUUCGAGCCCAUCACUGAGAUCGGAAUUCACCAGGAUGAUUUUGGUGAAGGAAAGUUUAUCACAGUAGGUUGGGGGAAGAAGGAGACUCAGUUCCAUGGGUCAGAGGGGAAACAGGCAGCGCAGAAGAAGAUCCAGGAGGUGCAGCCCGCUGUUUCCUGGGACGACCGACGGCCUCGGGUGACUUGGCGAGGUGACGGUCAGCUGUUUGCCGUCAGCACCAUCUGUCCUCAGACCGGAGCCAGGAAGGUGCGGGUGUGGAACCGAGAGGGCGUCCUGCAGGCCACCAGCGAGCCCGUCAACGGCCUGGAGCAGGCCCUCUGCUGGAAACCGUCCGGCAGCCUGAUAGCGAGCACUCAGCGCCACCCCAACAAACACAGCGUGGUGUUCAUGGAGAAGAACGGGCUGCUGCAUGGAGACUUCACUCUGCCGUUCAGCAAAGACCAAGCCAAAGUUAAAGAGCUCCUGUGGAACAGUGACUCCACUGUUCUGGCUGUUUGGUUGGAGGAUCUGACUGCAGGGGACGAUGGACGGCUCAACACUUGGAUCCAGCUGUGGACAGUGGGGAACUACCACUGGUAUCUGAAGCAGAGCCUGGACUUUGGCGCAGACCCUGGAAAGGCUCCGGCCUGCGUCUGUUGGGACCCUGAGCGCCCCCUGCGGCUUCAUCUGGUGACCCACAGCUGGACCUGCGUCACCUACGACUGGGGCUGGACGACCGAGCGGAGCUUCGGGGUGGACGCCUCCGACAACGCCAACGUGGCCGUGAUCGAUGGAGAUAAAAUCCUGGUGACGACCUUCAGGCAGUGCGUGGUUCCUCCGCCCAUGUCUUCAUUUGAGCUCCAGUUAAAAUCUCCAGUCAACCAGGUGGCCUUCCUCUGUGCAACUCAGGGAACCAAUCAGCUCGCAGCGUUCACAGCCAACGGAGAGAUCUCAGUUUACAGCCAAGGUUCAGGAGAACAAGCUGCUAAAAACGGAGACGCGUUCAGGGUUAUAUCUCAACCUCUGCUCCUUCAGAAAACCUUCAGGCUGGCAGUGCGUCAGGACGCCCCUCUGGCCCUGAGGCAGCUGCUGUGGCUGCAGGACCAGCUGUUUGUGGGCGUCUCUCCCGGUCUGCUGCCGACCUCCUCCACCCUGCUGAUGCUCCGCCCCCUUCAGGAUGAGAGUGACACGCUCGCCAUCGGGUGUGAGGUGGAGGUGGACGGGCUCGUGGUCAGCGUGGUUCACUGUCCCCGGACUGGAACGGUCGCUCUGCAGCUGGAGGACGGACAGAUCCGAAAACUGCUCUGGGACUGUCCUGAGCCCUCGGUGGAGAACUGGUGUGACUCCAGCGGCUGCAGCAUCAACUUCCCUGUUCCCUGCAUCCAGGCGGCUCUGUGCAGCGUCGGCGGCGAGGAAUGUCUGCUCGGCCUGACAGACAGAUCGCACCUCUACGCCGGAGACGCUGAGCUGGCCUCCAACAUCAGUUCCUUCGCCGUUUGCGGCGACUUCCUCCUGGUGACCACACACUCACACACCUGUCGCUGCCUUCAGCUGAGCACGCUCACACUCAAAGGGCUGCAGGCGGCCUUGGCGUCGGACGGCGGUCAGAGCGAUGAGACGCUGCGGCGCGUGGAGAGAGGAUCCCGGAUCGUCACGGUGGUGCCUCAGGACACCAGAGUCAUUCUGCAGAUGCCUCGAGGGAACCUGGAGACCGUCCAUCACAGAGCGCUGGUGCUGGCUCAGCUCAGGAAGUGGCUCGACAGUUUACGGUUUAAAGAAGCCUUCGAGUCUAUGAGGAAGCUGAGGAUCAACCUGAACCUCAUCUAUGACCACAACCCAAAGGUUUUCCUGGAGAACAUCGAGACCUUCAUCACACAACUGGACUCCAUCAACCACAUCAACCUUUUCCUCACGGAGCUCAGAGAGGAGGACACCACCAGCAGCAUGUACCCCCGCCCUCAGAGCGGCCCGGCCCAGCCCCGCCCCGCCUCAGGGCCCAAGAAGGUGGAUGUGGUUUGUGAUUCCUUACGGAGCGCGAUGGAAGGAAUGGAUUCCAACAAGUUCUGUCUGUCGAUACUGACUGCACAUGUGAAGAAGAGCGUCCCGGAGCUGGAGAUCGCUCUGCAGAAGGUCCACGAGCUUCGAGAAAACCCCCCUCAGGCUGCGGGGGCCGUGAGCGCCGAGGAGGCGCUGAAGUACCUCCUCUUCCUCGUCAACGUCAACGACCUGUACGAACACUCUCUGGGAACGUACGACUUCGAUCUGGUCCUGAUGGUGGCCGAGAAGUCUCAGAAGGACCCCAAAGAGUACCUUCCAUUCCUAAACAAGCUGAAGAGCCUGGAGCCAAACUACCAGCGUUACACCAUCGACAAGCACCUGAAGCGUUACAGAAAGGCUUUGGUUCACCUCAGCAAGAGCGGAGAGGAACAUUUCCCUGAAGUCCUGCAGCUGGUGAUGGAGCAGAAGCUGUACGGCGAGGCUCUGAGACUCUACGCCGCCGAGAGCGCUCAGUGCAAGGCUCUGAGCUGUGCCUACGCCGAGCACCUGGUGGAGCAGCAACAGGCCGAGCAGGCCGGCUUGUUGCUAUGGCGAUGCGGCGAGACGGCCAGCGCCCUGCAGGCGUUCGCCACCAGCUCCAGCUGGAGGAACGCCAUCUGUGUGGCGCAGCAGAUGCCGCUUCCCCCGGACCAGUUAGCGCUGCUGGCCAGAGACUUGGCAGAGAAGCUGAUUGAGCAGAGGCGGUACUCAGAAGCCGCUCUGCUGCUGGAUCAGUACGCAAAAGACUGCGAGGAAGCCAUCUUAGCUCUGAUCACCGGGGCCGUCUGGGAGGAGGCACUCCGACUGAUUUACAUGCACAACAGGCAGGAUAUCACUGAGACCGACCUGAAACCUGCACUGAUCGAAGCCGUCGGCACCCAGACCGUCUUCCUGGAGGCUCAGGUCGCCACUUUUACACGUCACAGGAACCGGCUGGCGGUGGUUCGAGAGCUGAAAGAAAAGGCCCGACAGGACAUGCUCGAUGAAGACGGUCCAGACUGCGCCGAUGCUGAGCUGUACUCUGAGGCCAGCAGCGUGAUGACCGGCUCCAAAUACUCCCAGAGCAACUCCCGGAUCUCCUCGAGAUCCUCGAAGAACCGAAGGAAAGCAGAUCGAAAGAAGCUGAGUCUGAAGGAAGGAAGUCCGAUGGAGGACCGAGCGCUGAUGUACGCUCUGAGUGAGAUUAUCACCACUGUGGACAAGAUGAGAGAGGAGGUCCACGGCCUGCUGAAGGCCUUGGUGCUCUUCCACUUUGACAAACAGGCAGAGAAGCUGCAGCUGGCCUAUGAAGACGCUCUGCAGAUGAUGGAGGCAGCGCUUCCUGAGGUGUGGCCCCCCGAAGGCCUGCUCAGCACCCAGGGGCCGCUCACUGGACCGAACUCCACUGCAAACAGCAUCAUGGCUUCUUUCCAGCAGCAGCAGCGACCUGCAGCUUCACAAGAUGUUGAAGUCCCAGCACCACCGAAGAUGAGAAAUGGUGUCAAGUGGAAGCUUUCUGUUCUCAAAUAAGUUUGUUUAGCUUACUUUUUUUUUUUUUUUUUUUACUCGAGUCA